CCCGGGCUCCUCCGCUGUGAUAACAGGCUGCUGCCUCGGCUCUGUUAUCUUCCGUUCCCCGCCGUCCGAGCAGCGGAUCUCCUCCGGACCUGCACCAGGAUUUAUUUAAUUCUUAUGAAACUUCACUGAUAGCUGAAGCGCUCCUCCCAUGGUGUCCCCGGGAGACUCCCCGGCCUCUACUCGACUUUACGGAAACUAUCGGCGACCGUUUGGGGGUCUUGGAAAUCAUGGAAACGUGGUUUUUGCAUCAUGUCCUCGGGGUGUCUCUGUCGGUCCUGCUCCUGGGUCUACCGGGGCCCCUAGGGGCAGGGACCCCCAGUAACAACAGCACGGAUCCGGUAACGUCAGGAUUUUAUUAUUCAACCGCCACAGAUGAACUCACUAACAUGGAAAACAAUGCAACUUCAACUUCAUACUCCAGCGAGAGUUUGUCAGCAUCACAGAGAAACAUCCUGCUCACACACACUGCUGAAUCACACACUGCUGCUGGAAACUUCGACACUGAUCAGACGCAAACCUUCACAGAAACAAGCAUCAGGUCACUAGAAGCCAUAAGUUUGUCUACUGAGCCACUCGCCCCCACCCUUGUUAUAGCCACCACUGAGGCCAGCAUCAGCACAGGCAGCAGCAGCACUGGUGUCAGCACCGGCAGCAGCACUGGUAGCAGCACUGGUAGCAGCACUGGUAGCACCGGCAGCAGCACCGGCAGCAGCACUGGUAGCAGCACUGGUAGCACUGACAGCAGCACCGGUAGCAGCACCAGCAGCAGCAGAAUAAGCAUAAGCAACAGCAUCACCGGUAGCAGCAGCAGCACCGGUAGCAGCAGCAGCAGCAGCAGCAGCAGCGACAGCAGCACCGGUAGCAGCAGCAGCACCGGUAGCAGCAGCAGCGCCUGGAAGGACUUUACUGACACAAACCAAAUGUCAGACGCCUUCCCUGCUGUGUCCUCCAAGGCUAGUUCCUGGAUGUUGACAGAGGACGCCAGACUCCCCCAGGACAGCCCGGACACCACCCUCCGACUAGGAGAUGCCUCAGACUCUAUGUCCCACACAGCCGUCCACACUGACAGCACCUACACUUCUACUGCCAUCAGCCGAGCUGGGGAGAGGACCCUGCUGUCUGUCACCUCCUCUUCCAGCAACAGCACCUCCUCUGCCUUUACAGAGGACUCCAACUCCCAUCAGCCCCCCUCCACCUGGGGUAUUUCUGCUCAGGCUACUGAGACUGAGGACUACACCCACAGUGCACCGGCCACCAGGACUGACAGCAGAGACACAACAGACCAGCACAUGACGCACUCCUUCAAGGGGAUAUUUCCAGAGACAAGUUUAACUGGACAACCUAAUGCCACCCAUCAUCAAUACACCUCAACAUCAGAGGAGACCUCCGACUCAACACCACCUCUCAGAGUAACCGAGCCCAGCACUGACCAAUCGGAAGUGUCUGUUUCCUCCACACCUUCUGUCACCUCACCUGCAGAAGGUCCUACAAACAUCUCAGGGACAGAGCAGGGGUCGGGCUUUAGUGUUACAACCGCCACUGAGUUCUCCACCGGAGCCCACAGCUCCAGCACUCAGAACCAGGAGGGCACUGUGGGGGUUUCAUCCCAGACCAGUGACCAAAGCGUUGGCUUGGGUCUGACCACAGCACCCCCAACAGUCAGUAGUACAUCAGAAGUGGACAACUCUCUAACAGACACUCCAAUGCUCGUUACUGAGUUCUUCCUCACCUCCACACCUGUCACUGUUACAGAAAGAUCACAGAUAACAGAGGAAGACACUUUCAAAGCCACUGCGUCCACCUCCACCACCACGACCACCACCACCACCACCACAACAACCAGCCCUCCUUUACCUGCAACCUCAUCCUCCAGGUUCAGUAGCACCGCUAGCAGCUCUACUCCAGGGUCACCUACCGAGGCCACCGUCCCGUACACUACGCCCUCCACCACCCUGGCCUUGCUGACCUCUGCCGUGCACGCAACUCCCCGCGUGUCACCCAGCCAAACCCAGGGGCCCUCAACUGGGAUGGAUAACCCCACAAAUUCCACCACCCUGCAGAUAGAGACAAGCACGGACACCCCGGGAAUCACCACGACUCACAGCGAGCACAUCACCACCUCCUACACCCACAGAACCCCAACUAAGAGUACAGAGGCUCUGCAGACCACCGGGAAACAGACAGACAGAGGAACUACAGAGCUGGUUGGGACCACAUCACCCACCAAGGCACCGCCAACACCACCAGGGAACCCUUGUGUGUCAAACCCUUGUAUGAACGGAGGGAUGUGUGUGAGCUAUAAAGGGCAUCAAUUCACCUGCCACUGUCAGCAGGCAUGGACAGGACUGACCUGCAACCAGGAUGUGGAUGAGUGUGAGAGGGACCCAUGCCCCGUUGGGUCCAGGUGUGUGAACACGCGAGGUUCCUUCAGCUGUGAAUGUCCGCUGGGCUUCGACCUGGAGGACGGACGCACCUGCACCAGAGCAAAGGCGUUUCUGGGAACUUUCAGUGUUAACAAAUUGCUGCAUGACCCUGUUAUCUUCAAGAGCGCCACCAUGCAUGAGAUCCAGAGAGAGAUCAUUCAGUUGCUCAAUGCUUCGUUGUCAGUCCUCCGAGGUUACAGCCGCUCAACGCUAAGUAAGAACAACUCUGAGGACUCCCUAGGGGUCCCGGACCCCCUAUUGAAGAUCUCUGCAUUAGAAGGAGAGCCUGAGUUUCAUAUCUCAGCUGUCAACAUGUUUUCCAUUUCCACCGAUGUGACGAGCGCAGAGGUCUACAACAGCAUCCAGAUGUCUCUCAGCAACUGUAGCUCCUCAUUGGCCCACUGCCGGAUGGUCCUGCAGCACCAGCUGACCUAUCACGUGGAAAGUCUGUGUGUGGCCCAGAAGACUCAGUGUGAUACAGAGCGCUCCACCUGCACAGACAACAGCGGCACAGCCAACUGCCAGUGUCUUCAAGGAUACUACAAACACAACCCUGACGACCUGUCCUGCUUAGAAUGUGGGGAUGGCUACAAGCUGGAAAAUGGCACCUGUGUUCCGUGCAUGUUUGGAUUUGGAGGAUUCAACUGUGGAAAUUUUUACAAGCUGAUUGCAGUCGUGGUGUCACCUGCAGGGGGCGCUCUGCUCCUCAUCCUCAUCAUUGCUCUCAUUGUCACCUGUUGCAAGAAAGACAAGAAUGACAUCAACAAGAUCAUCUUCAAGAGUGGAGAUAUGCAGAUGUCCCCGUACGCAGACUUUGCCAAAAAUAACCGCAUAUCCACGGAGUGGGGCAGGGAGACCAUAGAGAUGCAAGAGAACGGCAGCACCAAGAACCUGCUGCAGAUGACUGACAUUUACUACUCUCCUGCGUUGCGUAACUCAGACCUGGAGAGAAACGGCCUGUACCCGUUCACAGGCCUGCCGGGUUCUCGCCACUCGUGCAUCUACCCUGCCCAGUGGAACCCCUCCUUUAUCAGUGACGAUUCACGAAGGAGAGACUACUUCUGACUGCCCCACCUUGAACACACACACACACAUACACACACACACACACACACACACACACACACACACACACACAACUUACUAUCUCUUAUACUGACAAUUGUGAUGUGUUAUAAUGGUUUUCUGUCACAGUGAGAGUGGGAGCCCAUUUGGCCAUCUGCAUUCAGGGCUGCACACUACCUAUGUAAAUGCAGGUGUGUGUGUGUGUGUGUGUGUGGGUGGGUGGGUGCGUGCAUGCAUGUGUCUGCAUAUUAUGGAAGUGCACAUUUUUUUGCAAGUGAAAUAUUUCCUGAAAGUGUUAUUGUGUGGCCAUUUCAGUGUUUUGCAUGUUUUAGCUCAUUUGCUUCAACUCACACAUUACAUUGCUGCCACUGUGUUGUUAAAGACUGUUUAAUAUGUUUUUCCUGCCUUGCAGGCAGCCUCUGAUUCUCAUUUACUUCACUGUA